CUCAGCUUUUUGAUUUUAUAUUACCUACUCUCUCGAAUCUCGAUUAUGAUACGAGAUUAACGUUUCCUUCCCUUACCUCUGGGAUUUUGUAAGUAAUUUAUAGCUCAACCCUAGAAAGGUAGCUAGCUACCUUCUUCUACAAAUUGCUAAUUAAAUUAGUGAAAAUGGUGAUGAUGCAAUAUCUCUGUUCCACCUCUUCCAAAUUAGAUGCCAACCACCUUGCUAAGUACUUGAUAUUUUCUUCUUAAUAUGAGACAACUUCAUUUCAAUCGGGAAGUGGUUGUGGUACAUGGUAGACCUUAUUGAGUCCGGUCGGACGAGCGGGUUCCGUUUUCUCUGAAACUUUAGCUACCCGAUCGAUCUGUUUGUUUUUUACUUCUCGAUGUGAAGUCAUAUAGCAAUUCGACCAGUUGUAUUCAGAAAAAUCAAUACAUGUAACAUGUCAAGAGGUAAGGACCAUCGCUCUUGCACCAUUGGAUGUAUUAAUCAGCCAUGAUUUCACAACUUGAAUGAAUAAUCGAGGCGAUGACAGAAUGUGUUGUCCUGCCAAUCAUUACAAUAAAGACUCUAACUUCUGCUACAAUCGUUGCUCUGCAUGAAAAAUGUGGUUGCUAUCCACGAAAACCCUGGAUCAUGAGAGUUUUUCACUAUAACCAUACAAAUUGCUAUUUGAAAGCUCAUUUGGAUGCUUAUUCAUAUUCUUGCUUCCCCCCACAAUCUCAUUAGGGACUCCAAUAACGUCCUUCACAAAUUGAUGUGUGUCUUGCAUAAAUAUUGAAGAAACUAUAACGAAAUAAUUUCCAUUUGACUACAUGUUCUCUAUCUCUGAGCGUUGGUUUUUGUUUUGAGUUUUAAUAUAGGAUAUGACAAAUAAGAAACAUCAUUUGAUUUGAUGAUACAUCUUAGGGGUCAAGUUGCGAUUGUUAAAUAGAUGUAUUGUUGAAAAUGCAUGUAUAAUAUUAUACAUAUAUUGUCGAAUUUGAUGCAUUGUAGAAUACAACGUUUGGUAUGUGUGAUUGUGUAUGUCGCAUCAGUUAAAAGCUAAGACAAAACAAUCUCAACUCAAUUAUCUCAACAAUCACAACUAAAAAUUGAGAUAUAACAAUCACUCAAAAUGAGUGAUAGUUUCUGUCACAUCAUAGAAACAAUUCAUGUAUUGUUUCUGCUAAAAAAAUAAAAUAAAAACGAUGGAUUGUAAACAAUACAUGCAUAGAUGAUACAACAACGACAACAAUAUUAAAAUUAAGAAGGAUUCCAACUAAAGCCAACCUAAUACACUAUUUCCCAGUCUUUGACCUCCUCCCUAGAUUAAAAAAUAAAAAUUAAAACCAAAAUAAAAACUAACCCAAGUGGUUUAGGGCCAUCAGCUCCGGUAACGACGUGGCAGAUAGAGACUGGCUAUUUUCUCUAAUUGCAACUCUCCUUCUUCCUUUCCUUUCCUUUCCCUUCUCCCCCGCCCUCUCAAAUGGAGUGAGCCACCAAAUCAGAGAAAACAAAGCAACAAACCUAAACCCCAUUUUCCGGCCACCAUAAAAUAGCCAGAGAAAGCUUCAUUCUUUCUGCCCCCCUCAAAAUCCCAGAGAUCGAUAACUCGGGAAAUGGCGAAUGCAAACGCAAGCGGAAAUGGGAAGCUAGCCUUCGUCUUUCUCGGCAAUCAAACACCCUUCUCUGAGACUGAGCCCUUUUCGCUACACGUCUAAUUAAUUAGCAACAAUGGGGGGACUUAAGGUGUUGGAGAAGUUCAAGAGCGCCCAGGUUCAUGCCUUCACUAAUACUACUGCCGCUACUCCGCCGGGGACUCCGUCCAGGGCCAUAACGUCGUCGUCUUCGAAGUCCAAGUGCGCCGGCGGCGACGGUAGUGCUUCUUCGUCCCAAUCUCAGUAUCAAUCUCUGCUCCUUCCCUACGGCCUACCCACCACUGAACUUCUAGAGCCCAGAAUCGAGCCCUGCUUGAAACCCGUCGACUCCGUCGAUUCGUUAGCUGACCUCUACCGCCGGCUCGCCGUUUCCAGCCCUUCCGAUAAAUCCACUCUACUCAUGGAGCAGUUCUCGCUUUCUCCUUGCUUGGUCGAUCCCAAGCUCCCCCGCAAGUGCCUCUCCGCCGCCAGGCAGCACGCUGUUGAUGUUCACUCCAAGGUCGUCCUCUCUUCCUGGUUGAGAUUCGACCGCAGGGAUGACCAGCUCGCCGGCGUCUCCCCCAUGGAUUGUCGUAAUUGUUUCCUGGAGUGUCCAUCCGCCGCCCUAGUUUCUGGGUACGAUCCCAAUUCGGUCAACGAUCGAUGCCGAUGCAGCGGUGAUACCGCCGCCGCCGCCGCGGCGGUGGUUAUUACUGACUGUCACGAGAACAGCGGUGGUGAUGUCGUGUUCUGCAUUAAUGGAGAAACCGUGCGUUGCGUGAGAUCGAGGAUCGCUGCUCUCUCACCCCCGUUGAAGGCGAUGCUGUAUGGCAGCUUCGUAGAGUCGAGGAAGAGAAGGAUCGAUUUAUCCAAGAGCGAUAUCUCCAUUGAAGGAAUGAGAGCAGUGGAGAUUUACAGCAGAAUUAACAGAGUCGAUUCCUUCUCACCGGAGAGAGUCCUGGAGCUGCUCUCCUUCGCCACCAGAUUCUGCUGUGAGGAGCUGAAAUCCACCUGCGAUCAACAUCUAGCUUCCAUGGUCCGCAGAAUGGAAGACGCUAUAAUCCUGAUCGAUUACGGUCUGGAGGAAUCAGCCACUCUCCUCGUAGCUUCUUGCGUACAGGUAAUCCUCAGGAACAUCCCCAGCUCACUCUCAAACCGUAAAGUACUCCGAAUCCUCUGUGGCUCUAGAGCUAGGGAAAGAAUAUCAAUGUUAGGCCACCCUGCAACUUUCCUGCUAUACUAUUUUCUCAGCCAAGUAGCCAUUGAAGAGAGCAUGGCAUCCAACAUCACGGUCAUGUUGCUCGAAUCCAUGCUCGAAUUCGGGGUCGAGAAAUGGCAGAAGGCUCUCGCAGCUCACCAAUUGGGCUGUGUGAUGCUCGAGCGACGAGAGUUCAAGAACGCUCAAUCAUAUUUCGAAGCAGCAGUUGAUUUAGGCGGCCACGUUUACUCUCUGGCUGGUGUUGCACGAGCCAAGUACAAACAAGGCCAGCAGUAUUCUGCUUUCAGGUUGAUGAACUCGUUGGUCUUUGAGCAUAAACCGGUUGGAUGGAUGUAUCAGGAGAGGUCUCUGUAUGGCCUUGGCCGAGAGAAGCUCAUGGAUUUGAACACUGCAACCGAGCUCGAUCCAACCUUAUCGUUUCCUUACAAGUUUAGAGCAGUGAAGAAAGUGGAGGAGAGGAAGAUGUCGGAUGCUAUAUCGGAGAUUAAUAAGUACAUUGGGUUCAAGCUCUCAGCUGAUUGUCUCGAGCUACGAGCUUGGUUGUUCAUCGCGAUGGAGGAUUACGAUAGCGCUCUAAGAGAUCUUCGAGCAAUGCUGACACUGGAACCUAAUUAUAUGAUGUAUAGAGGGAAGAUGUGUGCUAGUUAUGUGGUUGAGCUAGUGAUCAGCUGCGGCCGGGUGGUUCAGCAUUGGAGCUUGGCUGAUUGCUGGAUUAAGCUUUAUGAGAGAUGGUCUAGCGUUGAUGAUGUUGGUUCUCUGGCUAUCUUACAUCAGAUGCUUGUCAAUGAUCCUACUAACAGCCUGCUGAGGUUUCGACAGUCUUUGCUUCUUCUUAGGUUGAACUGCCCAAAAGCUGCAAUGAGCUGCUUGCGCUUGGCGAGAAACCAUGCAGCUUCUGAACACGAGAGGCUGAUUUACGAAGGAUGGAUUCUCUAUGACAUCGGUCACAGGGAAGAAGCGCUUUCCAAAGCCGAGAAAUCCCUUCACAUACAGAGAUCAUUUGAAGCUUUCUUCCUGAAAGCUUACAUUUUGGCUGAUACAAACUUGGAUCCUUUGUCUUCAUCUCACGUCAUUCAACUCUUGGAGGAAGCUCUCAAAUGCCCAUCGGAUGGUCUACGAAAAGGGCAGGCAUUAAACAACUUGGGGAGUAUGUACGUCGACUGCGGGAAGCUGGAUAAGGCUGCAGACUGCUACACGAAUGCACUCAGCAUCAAGCACACGAGAGCCCACCAAGGAUUGGCACGAGUCUACCAGCUCAAAAACCUACGAAAGGCUGCAUUUGACGAGAUGACAAAGUUGAUAGAGACGGCAUAUGGCAAUGCGUCAGCUUACGAGAAACGGUCAGAGUACUGUGACCGUGAGAUGGCCAAGAGUGAUCUCAACGUGGCCUCACAACUCGACCCACUGAGAACUUACCCCUACAGAUACAGAGCUGCUGUGCUGAUGGACGAUCAGAAGGAAGCAGAAGCUGUGGAAGAGCUAAGCAAGGCGAUAGCUUUCAAACCUGAACUGCAAAUGCUUCAUCUUCGGGCAGCGUUUCAUGAAUCCAUGGGAGAAAUUGUUGCUGCACUAAAGGACUGUGAGGCGGCACUAUGUUUUGAUCCCAACCACCUCGACACUCUUGACCUGUACAACAGGACCAAAGAAAGAGCCGCUCGGCAGGAUGAGAUUUGACUCGAUCAAGGCUAAUCCUUGUCUCUAUUUUUGUUUAUGAUGAUGGUCAAAGAAAGACGAAAGACGGCUAAGAAGAAAGUCGCACACUUGUCAUCUGGCCCACCAAGAUGUGGAAAUAGAAGCUCUGUGGCAGCAGGGUUCAUUGAAACAAUGGAGCUGAGUGCUGGAAGAGAGUGGUGGAAGAAUGGAACAUGGAGUAGCCAGCCUCCAUGGAAAUUGCAGGUUUGAAAGAAAGAUUCCACUCUCAGCUAUAGCUAGCAGCAGGCAAGGCAUUCAAAGGUGAAAGAAAGGUUCUUUCUGCUGUAACUUAAAGCUGUCAUUCUUCUCUCCCACAACCGUACAGUUUCUUUUUGCAGUUUUGUGUUAUUGAAUUUGGUCACACCAUUCAGCUUGUACAUAAAAACAGAGCUGACCAAGGAGAUAUAAAUUAAAACUUCAAUU